AUGGCCACCCGCAGAAGCGCGCAACCGGUGCCUGAUGAGCGUACGCCUCUCGUCGUCGACCCUGGAAAUGCAGAGGUUGCAGCUUCAAAUAUCUCUGGGGAUGAAGGCUGUCCACAGAGCCAAAUAUCGACAAGAAUAACCCAUCGCCUUUACGUAUCACAUUUCCUGUCAACAUGGAACUCCCGUGUCUUCGAGUUUGGAGCUGUCCUGUACUUGGCCACAGUCUAUCCAGGAACGCUGCUUCCAAUGUCCGCGUAUGCGCUCUCUCGUGGACUAGUAGCAAUUCUCUUUUCCUCGGCGGUGGGCCACUACAUCGACGUGGGUAAUCGUUUGCAGGUCGUUCGAGUUUCAAUUGUGUUGCAACGACUUGUCGUGGCUGCAUCGUGUGCGAUCUUCUAUGUACUGGCAAUUGGCUUUUCUAUGACACAAGUGGUUAACAUUUGUUUGCUGGCGACUCUUACGCUCCUGGCCUGUAUUGAGAAGCUAUGCUCUAUUUUGAAUAUGGUAUCCGUGGAGAAAGAUUGGGUUGUGGUUGUUGCUGGAACUGAUCAUGCAGGACUCAGGACAAUGAACGCCCAAAUGCGACGGAUUGACCUGGUCUGCAAGUUACUCGGACCUCUUUUCAUCGCUCUCAUUGAUGGAAUAUCAUCAGAAACCGCCAUAGUAGUCAACUUCGGAAUGAACGUCUGCUCCGUCGUGGUGGAGUACUACUCAAUCGCCAAGGUGUACGAUGAAGUGCCCGAACUGCAGGAAGCAAAGAAAUCUCCUCCUAGACACCGAGUGGAAUCUGAACAGCAAGGUUUCUUUGUGCGUAUCUGGAGAUCUGCCUGUCAAGGCGUACGACAAGCUUUCAAGGACUUCGGUUUCUAUUUCAGACACCGUGUCUUCCUCCCAUCUUUUGCUGGAGCUCUGUUAUACUUGACAGUCCUGUCUUUCGCAGGGCAGAUGGUCACUUGGCUUCUGUCCACAGGCUAUGAUUCAACGCAGGUCGCAGUUGCAAGAACUCUUGCAGUCGCAUUUGAGGUACUGGCCACAUGGGUUGCCCCUUGGCUGUUGGGAAGGAUCGGACCUACUCGUGCUGGUCUUUGGCUGGCAAGUUGGCAGAUUUUAUGUCUGGCUGGUGGCUUUGCUAUCUUUUGGCGCUUCACUAGCCAGCCUUUCCUCUCUUCAUCUGGUCUUGUGGGCGGUGUGAUUCUCAGCAGACUGGGCCUGCGAGGAUUUGACCUCUGUGCGCAGAUCUUGGUUCAAGAGGGUAUUGAAGCUGAGGCCCGGGGCUCUUUCUCCUCGACGGAGGCUGCGUGGCAGAACCUGUUUGAGAUCUGCUCUUAUAUCUCCACCAUCAUUUUCUCGCGUCCGGAUCAGUUCAAAUGGCCAGCCCUUAUCAGCGUCAUCUCUGUUGCUCUUGCUGGUGUUCUCUACGCAAUCUUUGUCCGGAUCCGAAGAGGACAUUUAUUACACCUGCCAAGUUGUUUCCCUCAUGACCGCUUGCAUCGCUCUGGAGAACGAGCUCUGGACAGAAUUUCCUCCUUCUCCAAUAUCUGA